AUGGAUCCAUAUUAUCAGCAUUUUGGAGGUGAGAUGGAGAGUCGGUAUUAUCAGCCUAAUCAACCUCAAUACUAUCAUCCUGAGCCUCAGUAUUAUCAUCCUCGGACUCAGUACUAUCAAUCUAGACCUCAAUAUUAUCCACCCAUAGAGCAGCCAAAUAGGUAUGAGGAUACACAAGGACAAUUCGCUGAGCCAUAUCCAGCAUAUCAGAGUCCACAGGGAUUUCAGGGAGAUUACUCACCUACUUGGCCACAUCCAGUCCAUCAGAGUGAUCUAACUCCAUGGGGAACAUUUCAAGAUGAAGCUCCUCCUAAUUCAACACAGGACCUUAAAGAGAUUAUCCAGCAAAUGAUAGAGUAUCAAAAGCAACAAUUUGCAGAGAUACAAAACUUUCAGAUACAAGUAGACCAAUUUGCAUCGUCCAUUAGCCAGCAACAAGCACCAUGCUUCAGUGAGAAGAGGGAUUAUACACCACCUGAGCUAGAGCCUGAACCAUUACUUGAUGAGGAGGAGGUCACAGUCACCAUUCCAGAACUUCCAGGUACCUUUCAACAUGACAAGAUUCUUUUUGCUAGCCCUGAUUUGUGCCAACUUUUCAAUCCAGUUCUAAUUUGGUGCAAAGAAGAUGAAGCUGUUCUGAAUUCUGCAGAGGACUAA